AUGACGAGCCUCAUUGAUGAGAGGUUUCUUGUCCUAGGAGUAAGGGAACCAACAGAGCCCGACCAGAAGCCGUUCUGGUUACUGGCCAGGCGUCCGGCUCGCUCGGUGCCCAAGUUGUUCCCGUUCUCGACGCACCAAAUCCCAGCAACUCGACCGGGAACAGAGGGCGAGUUUAGUUCUGCGGUCGAUGGCCCGGCAAAUUCGCUGUCCAACACGGACAUGGAGACUAUGCCACUCUGGACCCCGCAGGAUUUAUCUAUUGGAGGUCCAAACAACGGCGUCGCGAACACGAACCCGGCUAUGCCCCAACCCCUGCCGAGCCGUUACAUAGUAUCCCGAGGGGAUGCGUUGCUGCUGAAUAUCAUGGAUUGUCAGAGAACAUCGUCUGACGAGUGGAUGGACUUGUUACAGAAGCAGUCUGCGGGGGACUCUUCGGGGACUUCGACUGAUGCGGACGGCGAGGUGUCCGAGUAUAACGACGCCUCGGAGAGUGGGAGCGCCGAGGAAAUGUGGAACUCCGAGGACAAGGAGGAAAGGCCCAUGGCUUUGCACAUGCUAUCACAACGCUCUGGCGCCCCGGUGCGGCCGUGA